CGCGGACACGCGUGGGGCGGGCGGGCGCGCACUGCGGCGCGGCCCCGGCUCGGCUGCGGCCUCGGCGCCCUCACCUGAACGCGGGACGCGGCAGAGCCCCGGCUUCCCGCUGGCUGCAGGCAGCGGACGGAAGUACCGGCGCUGUCCCGCCUCCCGCGGCCGCGCAUGCCCCGGCGGGGGAGGCGGCCGGGGAGCUGCGGGCGCGGAUGCCGGAGGCGGUGCGGCUCCGCAAGCGGCGGUCGGUGCUGUACAGCUCGGCCGGGGCGGCGGCCGCGCAGCGAGGCGCCGGUGCGGCCGCGCCCGCGUCGCUGCUGGUGCUCGCCCUGGCGCUGCGGACGCUCAAUUGCUUCCUCGUCCAGACCAGCUUCGUCCCGGACGAGUACUGGCAGUCGCUGGAGGUGGCCCAUCGCAUGGUCUUCAAUUAUGGUUACCUGACUUGGGAAUGGACAAGUAGCUUAAGGGGCUACUCAUACCCACUGAUCUUUGCAAGCAUGUACAAAGCAUUACAGCUGCUGGCUAAGGAUAACGUUCAGCUGCUGAUCUGGGUCCCUAGGCUUGCACAGGCAGUGCUGGCUGCUUUUGCUGAUGUGAAGCUUUACUCAUUAGUGCAACACCUUGAAAAUUCAGAAACAGCAAAGUUCGUGUUCUUCUGCCAACUCUGUUCCUGGUUUACAUGGUAUUCCUGUACCAGAACUCUAACAAACACCAUGGAGACUAUUCUUACCAUUUUUGCUCUUUCCUACUAUCCAAUAAAAGGCUCCAAGAUGGGGAACAGUUGGAAGUAUUUAGCUUUGGUUGCACUUGCCAUUGUUAUUCGUCCCACUGCUGUUAUCCCGUGGAUGCCUUUGGUCUUCAGCCAUUUUUUGCAAGAACAGAGGAAAGCAGACCUUAUCCUACACAAGUGCAUUCCAGUUGGUGGGUACUGGUUCAGCUGAACUUCUUGAAAUUCAAUGUGCUGCAGAAUUUGGGAACAUUUUAUGGCUCCCACCCUUGGCACUGGUACCUGACCCAGGGACUCCCAGUUGUCCUGGGUCCCCACCUGCCGUU